AGCCCGGGCAGACGCAUCCUGAAGGGCGAAGAGACGCAUCCUGCUGAACCAUCCCAGGCUUUUAAAGAACUCGGAGGAGGUAAUAAACCCUCUAUAAUCUCAGCAUAGCAGAGAAGAUGCCUUUCUGUAGCGUGCUGGAAAAGAAAAACGGAGUGGUGACGGGGGGCGAGCUGACCUGCAGCGUUCGGGAGGAGGACAAGGCAAAAAGGGAGAGCUACAGCGCCGACUGGCACAGUAUUAAUCUCAAGACCCAACCUCAGGAGAGGCAGACCCUGAAGAUGAACGACGACUCCCGCAGAGAGACCAUGUCCCGGCAGUGGCAGUGUCGCUCUCUGAUUCAGACCUGCCCUUCGGGGGUCUUCAGGGUGGGCACCGUGGAAAGAGGGGUGAGGGAGCACCAGCUGCUGCCGAAGCGAAACACCCUCCCCCUGCCCAUCUUCACCCCUGCAGAGUUGGGCAUCAGGCUGGGGCGCGGGGCCCCACACACGGAGGAGGACCUGCAGCCCUUCCCGACGCCAGACGGAGUCUGUCCCAGCAAGAGGAGCGUGGACGAGAUCACCAGGGACCUCCCGCCGGUCAAGCCGACUCUCAUGGAGUUUGCCAAAGCACCCAAAGCGCUGGGUCGCUCUAUGUCCCAGGAAGCCCAAAGAGGCUGAGCGAAAACAGGCAACAAACAAAAAAAAGAAGGGGGAGGGGAUGUUAGGGAGAGGCAGAUGGGAUGACCCGAUGGGGUCAGAGCAGAACAUGUUGGAAAGGAUCAUACCAGGAUGUACAUAGGUAGACCCAAGACUAGCGACGUCUAGAAAGUAGAACCUUAGCACUACCAAUGUCACAUUUUAUCAAUGAGUUGUUCACUGGGGUUACACGUUUAUGUGAAGGUAUUUGCGUCGUGACAGAGAAGCAGGUGUUGUCCGCCGCACCAUGGGCUGGUCAGCGGUGGCAAGCGGUGCGCACCCUAGACGCUGAUAUUCAGUGGGACGUUUGCACUACGCGCUUUUGUUUUGAAAAGUGCAAAUUCGGUAAAUGACUAACGGGUUAGGCCCGUUUUAGCCGACGAAAGACAGAAAAGCGAAUAUCCUUGAAAGAAGGAGUGACGUCUGAUGGAAAGAGGAAGGGUGAGAGGUGAGAGGAGGGAGGGAAACAUGUCAUGGAGAGUUGGUUGCCCUCCAGGAAUCCAGAAGAUUGUGCCAGCCUUUUAAUCUGAGGGGGGGAGAAGGGAAUGUUCUGGCAUGGCGGCACACCGAUGGUGGACACAUGAGUGUGUUCAUGUCUGUUUGUCCUUAUACCUGAUAUGCCUUCAUAGUUGAGCAGCUCAUUCGAAUUGUUCGUAGAUGAUCAAUCACAGUUUGCUGUGAGUAAGUUUGGACACUGGAAUGAAUUACUGAGUUUGUGUAUUUCUUUUUUUUUUUCUUUUUUUUCUUAGAGCUUUUAUUACUUUUUAAUAUGGAAAGAUUUAAAGUUUGAUGUUUCUCUGUAUGCACAGAAAUAAAUAAAACAUGAAAUACUUGUGUA